GCGACAUCGCCCCUGGCAUGGGGGCAAUAUAUGGUAUAUUAAGAGCCAUGACCUGCAUGAUGAGGCUCCACAGCUCGACACACUGCACCCUUCAAUCGUCCUUGCUCAGCAACCUGCACCAUGCGCGUCUCGUCAUUCAUUGCUGCAGCACUGCUGCAAGCCUCCGUAACAUGGUCUUCUCCAGUUGAAACCGAUGAUCUCGUUGCCCGGGGAGCUUCGAAGAGGCCAAACCAUCCCAUUAAGCCACACCAUCCCGGCAAGCCUUUCCCGGUCUCGCCAGCACGAACAAAAACGUGUACAGUGAAGACCUACGGCAAUGGCAAAGACGAUUCCAAGAACGUUUUGAGUGCGAUCAAGUCUUGCAACAACGGUGGUCAUGUUGUCUUUUCCAAGGGAAAGACUUACACCAUCGGCACUGCACUUGACCUCACUUUCCUCAAGCACAUCGAUUUGGAUGUUCAGGGAACCAUUAAAUUCACCAACGACACGGACUACUGGCAAGCCAACGCCUUCAAGCAAGUCUUCCAGAACGCCACUACGUUCUUCCAGCUUGGAGGUGAGGACGUCAACGUCUACGGAGGUGGUACAUUCGACGGAAACGGUCAGGUCUGGUACGAUCUAUAUGCCAAGAACAACUUGAUCUUGCGCCCCAUCCUCUUUGGUACCAUUGGCUUGAAGAGCGGACGCAUUGAGGAUUUGAACUUGAGGUACUCUCCUCAAUGGUACAACCUGGUGGCGAAUUCGACGAAUGUGGUGUUCUCCGACAUCAGUAUUUCCGGGUACAGCAGCAGCUCGAACGUUGCUAAGAACACUGAUGGUUGGGACACCUACCGCUCAGACAACAUCGUCAUCCAGAACUCGCACAUUGACAAUGGCGAUGACUGUGUAUCAUUCAAGCCGAACAGCACCAACAUAGUCGUGCAGAACUUGAUCUGCAAUGGUAGUCAUGGAAUUAGCGUUGGUAGCCUGGGACAGUACAAGGGUGAGGUCGACAUCGUGAAGAACAUCUACACAUACAACGUCAGCAUGUCGAACGCAUCCGACGGUGCGCGCAUCAAGGUCUGGCCCGGCGUUAGCUCCGCGCUCUCCGCGGACCUCCAGGGAGGUGGUGGCUUAGGAGCCGUUUCCAACAUCACCUACGAUGGCAUGGUGCUGUCCAAUGUUGACUACGCCAUCGAGAUCACCCAGUGCUACGGACAGAAGAACCUGACGCUCUGCAAUGAGUUCCCUAGCAACCUCACCAUCUCGGAUGUUACCAUCAAGAACUUUGUAGGCACCACGAGCAAGAAGUACGAUCCAUUGGUCGGAUAUCUGGUCUGCUCCAGCCCGACUGUGUGCAACGAUAUCAACAUUCAGAACGUCACUGUCAAGAGCCCUAGCGGAACCAACCAGUACGCAUGUGCGAAUAUUGAUGGCAUCGACAGCCAGGUCAACUGCAAGAAGGUGGCUUAAUUUAGUCUUUGACGAUGUAAUGCAAUCUGAACAUUCACCCGCCAAUGAUUCUUUGAAAUCUACGGGGGAGAUCUUGACGAUACUAACCCAUGAUAAGAGAAAUUCAUCAUUUAGUGUUUCUUGGU